AGGUGAUAUCCACCCAUCUAUCUAUACCUCAUCCACAAUCAACUAUGCCUCGUAUCAGGAAGAAGACCUCAAAUCGGCAGUCUACCGCUCAGCGGAACAAGAUCAGCCGCAAAGCCGGAGAGACGAGGAAGAAGAACAAGAAGGCAGCGAAGAAGAACCCUCAAUGGAAGUCGAAGAAGAAGGCAGACCCUGGUAUACCCAACAGCUUCCCUUACAAGGAUCAGAUCUUGGCUGAAGUAGCGGAGGAGCGUCGACAGGCAGAAGCAGCCAAGAUUGCUCGAAAGGAAGCCUCGAGGUCGAAAGACGAGGAGAAAGAGGAGGAUACCCCAGGAAUCGCCUCCAUCCACUCAUCAUCUGUUUAUUCGGCAGCACGAGCCACAUCAGCGGCUUCUCCUUCUGAGGAGGAAGAGGAUGUCCCCGCUCUGGUAGACACUUCUCUCGCUACCCUGCAAGAUGUAAUCGACCGCGCGGACGUGAUUUUGCAAGUUGUAGAUGCCAGGGACAUAGCAGGUGGAAGAAACGUCUGGAUUGAGAAUCUCUUGAAGGACGCCGGAGUUUAUGGAUUGAUCAUCAAUAAAGCCGAUCUUGUGCCUAGGGAAUCGAUCCAGGCGUGGCUACCAUCUCUGCCCGCAAAUACCUUUAUUUUCUCUUCGCCUCAGGAACCCUCGACGUCGUCAUCAUCAAGCGCUUCUGCUCUUGGUCGGACCGAGCUGUUGGCCAAAAUACAAUCUCUCGCGGAGAGUGGAAUCGAGAAGGAUGAACAUCUCCGCAUCGCUCUGGUGGGGUUGCCAUCCGUAGGCAAGACGUCCGUCUUCAACGCCCUUUUGCCCUCCUCUGCUCCUCGACAUCCCGUGGCACCCCUUAUACCGCCCGUCUCCUCCGCCAAAACUCCGGCGCCUACAACCAAGGCACCGGUAGAAGCCCUCUUGACAUUGAACGACAGCAUCAAGGUUGGAAUCAUUGACACGCCAGGUUGGGAUCUGGUUCCGGAAGAGCUGGAAGACGAAGAUGAAGAUAUGGAUGAGGACGAGGAGAAUCAGGCGAAAUGGGAUGCUCUGGAGGCAGUGGCUGUGGGCGACGUUUUACGGAGAAAUCUGGGUCGAGUCGACAGGAUUAAGGACGUUGAGCCUUUGGCAUCCUAUAUUGUCCAACGUUCGAAUGCUCAAGAUCUUAUGUUACUCUACAAUGUACCUUACUUCCAAGCUGGAGACGUGGAAGCCUUCCUGCGAGCUUUGGCACGCGCCAACGGACGCAUGAAGAAGGGCGAUCAGCCGGAUAUGGAUGCCGGAGCUAGGAUUCUCUUGCGCGACUGGGCUCUCAAUCAAUUCCCAUACUAUUGUAUGCCGGCCGUCGACAAGGAUUCGGUGAAUGAUGCGUCCGGGUCCUCACGGACGGAGCUCGACGGAGUGCUCGAAUUGCUCAAGAGCCGUAAAGAGAUGAAGGCGGGCGCUCGAGGUCUUGUUCGCUUCAAGCCUGGUCCGUUGGACAAUCGCGAGGUCAUUUUAGAUGACGAUUAUACGGCGGCAUUCGCCCCUUCCGAUGACGAGGACGAUGAGGAAGAUGAAGACGGGGAAGAGUCUGAUGAUGAUGACAUGGAAGACGGCGAUGAAGAGGACGAAGAUGACAUCGAGGAAGAUGGCGAUAUUGAGCUCGAGUCUGACGAGGAGGAUGCGGAGGAGGAAGAGAUGCCCCGAGCCCCUCCCGCUCACAAAAGUGGCGGUGCCACUGGACCGAAGAAGAGUGUGUCCUUUGGUAAUCUUCCGGUCAGGCCCAGUGAAGGAGAGGAAAAUGACCGGCCAGUGCAGAAGUCUGGAGCUGGCAAAGGAUCCACUCAGAGAGUCCGUCCGUCGCGUCACUCUCGUCGUGCUGGUAAAACUCGUAGACGGUGACCGAGUAUGUAUUGUAAAUUUGAAUGAUCUAGAGAAAUUAGCCGAU